AUGAACCAUGGCGACUACUCUUGGCCGGAGGUAGAGGAAGAAGAAGAAGAAGAAGAAGAAUCUACUACAGACAGUAAUGAUUCUCGUAAUACUACCCAACCGCUUCCAUAUGCGAGUCGCGGUUCUUCGGAGCAGGAUAGCAGUGGACAGUCAAAUGAGGAGCAACUGGAGGAGGAAGAGACCAGUUCGGAAGGUUCUAACCCGGCAGAGGAGAAUUCCGUUGCAUAUACUCUAUCCGAUAAUGGAGGUUCCGCAGCCAGCAGCAUAGAAGCUGUAGACCAAGUGGAACCAGGAGGAGCUGGAACCGAUCCGGAGAACCCUAACAUAGAAUACCACACACUACUGCUGGAGAAUAACAACACGUCAACCUCAGCACUAAUACCAGCUCCAGAUUCUACUGGAGAAAUGCCAUCUCAGCCCAUCCUUGAGCAAUAUAUCAGUCCUGGUGUUGACAGUAGCAUCGCCGGAACCUAUACACAUGCUGCUACGCAGACCGAAAUCUCAAUUCCACAGUAUAUAAAUCGGGAUGAUAAAGAUGAUGACCCUGAUCAUGGCUGUUGCCUUGGCCCUCUAGUGAAUAUUUGGCAUAGGGUGUCUAGCACUUUGUUGAAACUUUCCUAA